CUCUCCAACAGAUCUGAGAUUCGCUCGGUAUCGGUACACACUCUUCAGGUUAUCUGCAGGUGUUGACGGUAAAACUCGGCUGAAACUUCGACAAAUUCGAUUAUUUCUUCUGAGUUCACAAAACAUUUGAUGACUCUGACCUCCGGAACAGAUUCAGAGAACAACAUGCAGGCAGAUGCCGAAAAAAGAAUGCGGUGCAGUAACCUCACUGACCCUUCAGAACACGGCGAUGUCUCAGUAAAAGACAGAAUCAGUCAGAGGGGAAAGAGAAAGAUCAGCGUAGAUGCCAGACCACCUGAAAAGAAGAGAAGGUGUAGCAUCCAAAACGGCACCAUCUCUGACCCCAGUAUGAUAGUUGUGGAGGAGCCCAUAGUGGAGAGGGACAAGAGAAAGGCCAGCGAUCAUAAUGAGGCACCUAAAAAGAAAAGCGAUGAAGUGUCCUGGAUCACUAUAUCCAGCGAUACUGAAUCCUCCUCUCCACCAGCAGCAAAUGUGAACAAGAGCGGAGGUGACAUCAGCCACAACACAAGCAGCGCCUCAUCCGAGGAGGAGAGAAUCUAUGAGAUGUCCUCCUCGCUAAACACAAGCAGAGCUGAUUUCGUGAACAAGUACUGCGAGUUGGGUCCGAUCGGCCAGGGAGGCUUCGGCUCAGUGCACGCUGGCUUCCGUAACUCAGACUGUCGAGGGGUUGCCAUCAAGCACAUUCCCAUGAGGACUGUGAAAAAAGAAAAAGUUAAAUGCAACGGAAAGGUGUUUAACGUCAUUCUGGAGGUGGCACUCAUGCUGAAAGCCGCAGAUCUACCAGGAUCCAUUGGACGAUCCACUGUUGUGUCCCUUCUGGACUGGUACCACCUGGACGAGGAAUUAAUACUGGUGAUGGAAAGACCAACAUGCUGCAUGGACCUCUGCAGCUACCUAAAAUCUCGCGGAGGAUACCUGGAUGAACAUGAGGCAAAGAUGAUCAUGAGACAGCUGGUGGACGCAGCCAUCGACAUGCACUCGAAGGGUGUCUUUCACCGGGACAUCAAGUUGCAAAACGUCCUGGUUCAGCUGAACAACGGAGUACCCACAGUUCGUAUAAUCGACUUCGGCUGUGGCAGCUUAUCCACUGAGAUGCCUCACAGUACUUUUUGUGGCACCCCUGCAUACUUCCCUCCGGAGUGGUUUGAAUGUCGGAAAUAUACGGCCCGUCCCACCACUGUCUGGCAGCUUGGUGCGCUGUUCUAUUCGUUGCUGAGAGGUCACGAGCACUUUACCACCGAGAAGUUCGUGAGCAAGCGCAUCCAGUUCAACAGUGCACUGUCCACAAAGGUCAAGAUCUUGCUGCAUAUGUGUCUGGACAGAGACCCUCGGCUACAGGGCAUACCUUGGAGCCCACCUCACUACUGUCAGCUGUGCGCCCUGUGAGAUCUUUCCACCCACAGUAACUGGAAACCUGAAGAAACCUGGACAGAAAAAAAGGACAACACAAAGGAAAUUUUUUAUCUCUACAAUACUGAUGUUGGACUUUUUCCCCAUCUGGAGGUCCUGUGUAACCCCCAGCCGUCCGUGUAGAGGGGAUCACUCUUUGAAUUGCCUCUUCCGAGGUUUCUUCCCAAUAUCCUGGGAAAUGCUCAGGAUUUUUGGGGAGUUUUUCCUCGUCUUCUUAGAGAGCUUGGGCUGGGUCAGUAACCAAUGGUGUUGUUGGACUGAAAACACCUGUCACACUGUCCUGGACUUGGAUUUUACGGUGCUGAAAAACUCAGAAUGGACUGUUCACCAAAUGCAAUGCCUUUUUAAUGAAAAUUUGCCACAUGCAAGCUCAGCUAUCAAAUAAAAUAAGAAGCUUUUCCAUCACUGAUUGUAAUUUUUGAAGAGCGCUAUUUUCAAGUGCAGUCCAAAAUCAUCACAUUUGUGACUUGAGUGUAACUCGGUUUCAAGUUAUGUGACCUGAGGGCACAUCUCUGAAGAACACUGUAUCUGACAUUGUACUGUACUACAAAUAAAUAAAUCAUUAUUUGACCUGCUGCUAAUGGUCUGAAUUUCCCCCCAAAAUUUCAGGUAAAACAUCAGUGUUUUAAGGUCAUAAAUGGUAUACAGGUGACUCAUUUGUGGGAUGCUUACAUUUACAUGUAGGACUUGCAAAGUACAAAAAGUGUAAGGACUACUCAUGCAGAAAAAAAGUUUACGAUACUUAAAACACUCAAACUGCGAGGUUUUCUUCCAAACUUUCUGUUUGGUCGCAUUGUUCACGCAACUUUUCUAAUCCAUGGCCGGGAAGAGGAAACAGUUUCUGCUUCUUCUUUGUGACCUUUUCCGUGCACCCAUUUCCCUGAAAUGUUAGUUGUUCCCACCUAGCCAUAAGUGACCAGAGUCUCCCGUUUGUCUUUGAGACUUCACAAGCGUCCUGAACACAGGAAAGUAAUAAGAAAAUAAGAAAAUACAGGCAAAUGACAGGUUCUCUGUGUAUUCAGCAAGUAAAGACUGAUAUUUUUUGUACAAUCACACUGCAUGUACACGUUACAAACAACACUGAAAGAUAGUGAACAUACAAAACACAUAAAAGAUUCUCUGUCAGGAACCUGGCUAGGUGUAAGGAGGACUCAAAUGCACAACUUGAUUCGGUGGAGCGGUAGACGAGGUUUAUUCCAGGCAGAGGUCGGUACACAGUGAAACAGUCAACCAGGCAAAGGUAUCCAAAUCGUAAGGCAAAAGAUGAAGUCAAACAACAGGCAGGGAUCAAGCACAAAGAAACUAUGACUAUGAUUAUGAAGAAUGCUGGUACAUGAAGCUAUGAACAACGACAAACUAGCAACGAGACAAGACACAAGAGGGUCUAUAUGCAGGACCAAUGGGGAGUGAUAAGAGACAGAUACGGGAGAAACAAUCAGGGAUCAGGUGCACACAGACGGGGAGGGGGC